AUGACGGACCCAGACCUCAACAAUAAGCUCGAUAGACUACUCACUCUAUUGGAAGCACAGCUAGAGCUUACCAGACAGGGUCAUCGAGAGGAACGAUUACAACGAGCUCAACUGAGCAGGGAGGAGACAAUGGACCUCUCUCACUCAGAAGAUCAAGCAGGAGGAGGAGAUGAGUCUAUGAUAGGAGACCCACAUACUCCUACUCCAGCUCCACGACCAAGACGAUCAGUCUCAUUCAACCUGGAUGAGCAGGAGGACAUCAACUACGAGAAGUAUGCUUCACCUACUGGGCCAAGAUAUGUCAAGACUAAGCUGGACCCCUACAGCAGGACUAGGACGGACCCUUACCCCCUGGACCACGAGGAGGAUACCAGCAUCAUGGCAGAGCUUAACCGGUCAAAGCCCAUUGCCACCCCCUUUCCAAAGUUCAAUCCCCGAGACAUGGAGAUCUUCAUUCUAGAAGCCGAAGCAUGGUUUAAGUUCAACCAGGUGUAUGAGCAGUCUAGGAUGAUCAAUCACAUGGGUGCUCAACUGGAAGGGACAGCAAGAGAGUGGUGGACCUCCAAGCUCUGUAUUGAUAGAGCUAGAGAAGGAAGGUUGUUCAAUGAUUGGCACUACUUCACAGAGCGACUGUCAGAGCAGUUCAACCCACGCAAUGCUAGGAUGGAGGCAUACAACAAGCUGUUGGCUCUCAGACUCACAAGUGAUGCUCCUGGUGCCGCCACACGUCAUGUAGAGCGGUUCAGAGACUUGGAAGGACAGGUCAACCUAGAUGACAAUGAGCUAGUGAUUGAUCUCUUCAGAGGUAGUCUCACUCGUAGCAUACAGGAGAAGUUCGAGAGGAAUCCACCUGGGAAGAGAUGGGAGUGGUAUCGAGAGGUCGAGGAGAUCGAUCGACAGAGGAUGCUACUACAGCAGUCCUCGGCUAGACACUCACUCCCAAAUGCCACAUCACCUCCACUAAGAACUGGGUCUCGGCCAAAUCAAAGUUCGAUCCCCAUCCGACAACCCACUCAACCUUAUCCAGCUCGAUCACCAUCACAAGCAACUACACAAGCAACUAUACAAAACCUAAACCGACCCCUUCCUCAUCAUCCCACCCAACCCUCGAAGCAAGGAAGCCCUGCUCCAUCAGGUAUCAACACCUGUCAUGUAUGCAAGGGUAUCGGCCAUUGGGCCAGAGACUGCCCCAGCAGGAGGGUAAACCCUCUUAGCUCUCGACCCAUGGGACCAAAGGUUAUGGUCACCACAGCAGACCCCUUCGAGGAGGCCACCGACUCAGGAGAUGGCCACACAGGCAGUACUGAGACGGGUGACCCCUGUCAUGGGCCUGGAUGCUCAAGAAGCAGGAGGGUCAUGGGUUCAUAUGGAAGGAGCACAGGUAUCGAAGACCUAGUCGAUACCAGUAGAGAGCAUGGUCGUAGUGCAGUCUCCAUGGAGACCACGGACUCCUAUGGAUUCACAUGCAAAGGAGAACCGAGCCACAUGCGAGGAGGACCAGGCACAGCCACAAGGAGGACCAAGCUCAAGGAGCAGGCACAGCCACGAGGAGGACCAAGCGAAGGAGUCGACACAGGUCAUGAGGAGGAGGAGCAGUGUCGAAGGAGUCGACACAGGUCAUGA